AUGAAUAACUUGAAUAGAUUUCGACAAGUUAUUCGAGAAGGACCUGAUUAUGUUUGUAUAUCAUGUCAAUUAGCACUUUUUCGUAACCAAGUGAUACCAUUCGUUGAACAAAAAUACAUAAAAGAAAGCAUGUCAUAUGAAAUAAAAAAACAUAUUCAAUCUUACUUUAUGUAUUCAUCGUCAAGAGAACAAAAAUGGAUUUGUAAAUCAUGUUCAGACAAAAUAAAGAAACGACAAAUGCCAAGCCGAGCAGUCGUGAAUAGAUUGAAAGUUUGUGAAAUUCCAUCUGAAUUAAAAAGAUUAAAUAAUCUUGAAAAACAUUUGAUUGCUUUACGAUUACCUUUUAUGAAAAUUGUAAAUUUAACAUCAGGAAAAUUAUCGAGUAGACUGUCACAAAAAGGUACUAAAGGGCCACUUCAUUGUGUGCCAUCAGAUGUAGAAGACACUGUAACUACAUUACCUCGUCCAGUUGAUAAGUCGAUGAUGGUUCGAUUACAACUGAAACGACGACUAAAAUACAAAGCUGUAUGGGAAGAACAAUUAAUAAAUCCAAAUGAUGUAAGAGAUGCACUAUUUGUUUUAACUAAGAUGCAUCCAGGAUAUAAAAAUAUAAAGAUAAAUAAUAUUCAUGAAAAUUAUCUUACAUCUGAUCAAGAAAAAGACUAUGACAAUAACAUUGAGUUAGUAGUUGAAUCAAUGGAUGUUGACAUCAAUGAAGAAGGAAAUGUCAUUGAAGAAACAGAAAUAUCUAAUGAAAAUCGUUUAAAAAGAUUAGCUUUGGGUGAUAUUGAUAAUACCAUUGACAGUGAUGAAGAAAUCAAUGAAGAUGAUAAAGACAUUCGUACUAAAUAUAAUAUUGGUACAGAUUCAUGUACUCAACCAUGUGAUUUUAAUGAUUUUUUAGUCUUUGACAAAGAGCCAUGUGUAGUAGCACCAGCUGAAAAAAAUAAAUUAAGUUCAUUAUUAACAGAUAAAACAAUUGAAGCAUUAGCCUUUCCUCAUUUAUUUCCAGAUGGUCAAGGCUCAUAUGACGAAGAUCGUCAAACAAUUCUUAGAUGGAAAGAAUAUUGUAAAGCACGUUUAUUUUCAUCAGAUUCUCGCUUUGCUUCAGAUUCAAGUUACAUCUUUUAUCUACAGUAUUUAGGUGACUUGAAACAAGUAUACUCCGGAAUCAAUAUUGCUUCCCGAAAAAAAUUACCAAUGAAUGCUAAACAAAGCUUAGAUGAAACGCAAAUGAAAUUUCUUAUGAAUAAAGAUAUGAUAUAUCGUCAUUUGCAAUGUGUUCGAGGUAGUCCACAAUAUUGGUAUAAACGUUUAAAAGACUUAUUUGGAAUGACACGUCAACUAGGUUUUCCAACCUUUUUUCUUACACUAUCAUGUGCUGAUCUACGUUGGAAAGAAUUCACUGAUACUUUUGUACGUCACACUGGAGCUCCAAUAAAAGAAUCAUAUACAUUUGAAGAAAAAACAAAACUUUUACGUGCGAAUCCUGUUCUAGCUGCACGUUUGUUUGAAAAACGAUUUAAUACAUUUAUGAAUUUAUUUAUUAAAAAUGGAGCAUCGUGUCUAGGCAUUGUAGAAGACUGGUUUGCUCGUAUAGAAAUGCAAAUGCGAGGUUCACCACAUUCUCACAUGCCACUUUGGAUAAAAGGUGCACCUGUUUACAUUGGAUUGCACACCGAUGAAAAAACUCGUGAGGAAAUCGUUAAAUUUUGUGACAAAUAUAUUACGACACGAUUCCCAUCAUUAGAAGAGGAUCCAAUAUUACACUAUCUUGUCAAAGAAUUACAGAGUCAUUCUCGUAAUCAUUCAAAGUCUUGUUUAAAAUUGUAUAAAAUGUUGUGUCGUUUUGGAUUUCCUCGGCCUGUUGCUCGACGGACAUUCAUUUGUGAACCAUUAAAAGCUGAGAAUGAUGAUGAUAAACAAAAGUUUAAAAAAAUGAAAGAAAUUCUUACUGAAAUGAAUGCAACGAUGAAUAAAUUAGAAAAAGAAAAAAUAUUGUCAUGGUCGGAUUUUGAUGAUCUUCUAACAAAGUAUAAUUGGACCUAUGAGGAUUACGAAUGUGCUCUUCGUGUUGUUCAUACUAGAACGACCAUGAUUCAUAAAAGAGAACCUAAUGCACGAUGGAUUAAUCAAUAUAAUGAAGAAAUAUUGAGAGCAUGGAAUGCUAAUAUGGAUAUUCAAUUCGUACUUGAUCCAUAUGCCUGUGCAAAAUAUCUUAUGUCAUAUACAACAAAACCAGAACGGGAAAUGAGUUUAUUAUUAGAAGCAACUCAUAAAGAAUGUCGUGAAGGAAAUAUGUCCGUUCGAGAAGAAAUGAAAAAAUUAACAGGUACAUUUUUUAAUCAUCGACAAGUCAGUGUACAGGAGGCUAUUUACCGUGCAACUAAAAUGCCACUAACAUAUUCAAGUCGAGGUUUUGUUUUUGUACCAGCACAUUCAAAUAGUUGUAAAUUUUUAAAAUCACAAAAUAUAUUAAAAGAAUUGGAUCCAGAUGACGAAAAUAUAUAUAUGUCUAACUUAGCUGACAAAUAUUUUGAUAGACCAGAAGAACCGGAAUUCGAUAUUUGUAUGGCAGAUUUUGCUUCUGAAUAUGAAAUCAUAUCGAUUAAUAAAAACAUUAAAAAUCCAAAGACUCCAAUUAAACGAUUAAAAACAUUGAAUUUUGCUAUUAAAAAACGUUGCAAUCGUAGUGCUAUUAUUCGGUAUCCAUAUUUCAAUAGAGAAACAGAUAGAGAAAAUUAUUUUGAAAAUCUACUUUCUCUCUAUUUACCGAUAAGAAGUCGAAAUGAAUUGAAAAAACCUUAUGAAUUAUUUUAUCAAAUUGGUGAAGUUUUUGAUGCUCGACAACAAUGUAUAAGAAAAGUAAAAGAUAUCGUGCAUGAAAACCAAAGAAAAUAUGAAGCUCAUGUCAAAGAAACAGGUGAAACAGAAUCACUAUUCAAUGAAUUAUCAUUGAAUAUGAAAGACGACGAAUGGGCUGAAAUUGUUGCUAAUAGAGAAAAAGAUAGUAUGUGGUCAAGAGAAAUUGAACAAGAAGAUAAUCCUGAUUUCAAUGUAAUUCAUAAAAGUAAAAAUAAAAAAACGUUUAUUGAUUUAAAACAAACUUAUUCUACGACAGAUGAAAUGAGACCAUUGUUAGAAUCGAUGAACAAAGAACAACAAGAAAUAUUUUAUCAUGUUCGAGAAUGGUGUGUAAAUCGAUUACAUAAUCCUGAUGUCGAGCCUCUUCGUUUGUUUAUUACGGGAGGAGCAGGCACAGGUAAAAGUCACCUUUUGAAAUGUCUUCAUUACGAAGCAACAAAGAUUUUUUCUCGAAAAAAACACUUAGAACCUGAUGAAAAUAUUGAUGAAAUUCAUACAUUGAUUACAGCUUUCACAGGUGCAGCAGCUGUCAAUGUUGGCGGAGUUACUAUUCAUAGUGCAUUCGGGAUUGGAACUCAAAAUAAUACUUUAAGUGAUAAUUUAUCUUGCGAUAAAUUAAAUAGUUAUCGUUGUAAGUUGGGCACACUUAAAUUAUUAUUUGUUGAUGAGGUUUCUCUUAUACAAGCCGGUUUAUGGGGUGCUAUGCAUUCUCGUCUUACUCAAAUCAUGGGUAUACAUUCGAAUACAGCUAUUUUUGGUAAUGUUGGCAUAAUUGCUAUUGGUGACUUUUAUCAGUGCUCACCUGUAGCAUCUUCAAGUAUUUAUUCUUCUUUACUUUGGUCUGAUCAUUUUGAAUAUGUUGAACUUAAAAUCAACGAAAGACAAAAAACAAACAUUUUUUUCUCACAAAUGCUUAAUCGUAUUCGAAAAAUUAAAAAAAAAGAAGAUAUGAGUAAAGAAGAUCGUGAUGUGCUUGAAAAAUGUCAUCAACGUUAUUUGAAUAAAGAAUAUCAUCCAGAAGCAUUGCAUCUUUUUGCUAGAAAUGCUCAGGUUGAUGCACAUAACGAAGAAAUGAUUGAGAAAAUUUGCACGAAUAUUCGAAUAUUCUAUGAAGUUAAUAAUAAUGAUAAAGAAAUAAAAUCGAACGGAAGAACAGAAACAAAAAAAAAUAGUAAGCCAUUACGACUUGCUAAAAAUGCUCGUGUGAUGAUAACGAAAAAUAUUUGUGUAAAUGAUGGAUUAGCAAAUGGUAUCACAGGUCAUAUUGUAGAAUUUGUAGAAAAUAAUAAUAAAGAUGUUUCUCAUAUAAUAAUUAAAUGUGAUUCAUCUAAAGUUGGACGUCUUCAUAGAGUUAGUUGUCCACAUUGUCAUGGGCGAGAUACAAUAUGUGUGAUGCGAGAAAGUAACACUAUUGAUCGACUAGAAUAUGAUUCACAAUCAAAAAAAGGUACAAAACAAUUUCCUUUACGUCUUAGCUGGGCAAUGACUAUACAUAAAGCUCAAGGAUUUACUGUUGAUCAAGUUGUUAUUAGUACGAAAGAUUUUUUUGGAAGUGGAAUGGGAUAUACAGCAUUAUCACGUGUUCGUAUCCUAGAAGGACUGUUUCUUAUUGAUUUACACUUUGACAAAUUCUACUGUAACGAAAAUGUUGAUAGAGUUCUUUCUCAAAUGAAAAUAAUGAGAAAAAAACAAUUAAUAUUUCAAGAAUCUUCACAAUUCUUGAAUAUAUUGUUUCACAAUAUUGAAGGAUUAAAAUGUAAUUUUAAAGCAUUUUCUAGUUACCAUUUAUUACAUCAAGCAGAUUUGAUUUGUCUCGCAGAAACAUGGUUGAAAGAUGAUACUCGAUUGGAUCAUCUUCAAAUUAAUGGUUAUAAUCUUGUUCAUAAAACACGAGCAUGUUCAUUUGUAUCAAAUCAUUUACUUCAUUCACAAAAAGGUGGUGGUGUUGCAAUAUAUUUUCGAGAAACUAUUCCUAUAAAAAAAAUUGAUUCAUAUGCACAUGUAAAUCUUGAAUGUAUUACUUUUGAAAUAGAAAAAAGUAACAUAGUUAUUAUUGUAUGUUAUCGAUCACCACAGCAAAAUAAAAAAGAAUUUGUUGUAAAUUUAAUUGAACAUUUAAAACAAAUUAAUAUUGACAAAAAUAUUCUUCUUAUUGGCGAUUUUAAUGAAGAUAGUCUUGAAAAUAAAUCAAAACCUAUUGAAACAAAAUUAGAAAAUUUAGGUUUUGUAAAUAUGUUUAAAGAUAUGCCUACCACGAAUAGUUUAACAAGCCUUGAUUGUGUUUAUUCUAAUUUUAUACUAAAUAAAGUUCAAUAUCGAGAUGUGACAGGAAUAUUUUAUAGCUUUCAUGAUGCAUUAAUUUGUUCCAUUGAUAUAGAAAAUAAGAAAAAAGAAUCAAACAAAGAGAUUGAGUUCAAUAAUGAUGAACAGAUGGAUACAGAUACCUGUUUACCUACUUCAUUAUCAUUCCUGGAAAUUUCUAAAGAAACAAAUAAAAGAAAAAAAAAUACAACAGUAAAAUCAAAUCACAUAUUUAAAAAAAUAAAAGUUUUAACAACUGUCAAUACCUGUAAUAAUUUUUUAAAAGAAAAACAAAGAUUAUUUCUUCGUAAUUAUACUAAUAUAAGAAAAGAAAAUUGCUUAGAAAAAAGAAGAGCCACAUUUAGUUUUACUGAACAACUUUCUAGUAUAGGUUUAAAAAGAAUUAAUAUAUUAGCAGAUGGUAAUUGUUUCUUCCGUGCAAUUUCACAUCAACUAUAUAGACACGAAGACGAUCAUUUAAAUAUUAGAUCUGAAACAAUAAACUAUUUAAUUCAAAAUAUGAACGAUUUUGCAUCAUUUAUUGAUGAAAUGUAUUCAACAAUAGAAAAUUAUAUUGAAGAAAUGAGUAAAGAUGGAACAUAUGCUGACCAUCUCGCACUUUCAUCUACAGCAGUUAUCAUCAAUAAAAAUAUAAUUGUUCAUGAAUUCAAAAAAAAACCUAUACUUAUUCCUGGCUCCGACUUUCUUGAACAUCAAUUACAUCUCUAUUAUGAUCCAAAUAUGCCACAUUACGAUAGUGUUGUUUGUAUUGAUGGGAGCCCAGCCUUUCUUUCGUCUGAACAUAUUUUAUUUACUUGA